AUGGGAGUACCUGGCUUCUUUAAAUGGUUAUCUUUACGUUAUCCUCAUAUUGUAGAAACAGUCAAAAAAACACCACGAAGUAAAACAGAUUUUUUGUAUUUAGAUAUAAAUGCUUUAUUUCAUGUCGCAAUUCGAAAUAAAAAAUUCUCUAAAAAACCAAAGACUCCACGUCGAGUAUUGUCAAAAGUAUUUAAAGAAAUGGAUACUGCAUUCAGCGUUUGUGAGCCACAAAUAUUGGUAUAUAUAGCCAUGGAUGGUGUUGCUCCUAGAGCAAAAAUGAAUGAACAAAGAUCAAGAAGGUACUUGGCUCAAACUAAUCAAGGUUCUUCUGAUUCAUCCAAUAUUUCAACAAGUGAAUCAUUUGAUGAUAAUUCAUUGAAAGCAAAUCAUGAGAAAGGUUCUGGAUUUUUUGUCCCGGUUGAUUCUGUUGCAAUAUCAGCGGGAACAUCUUUUAUGCAAUCAGCGAAUGAUGCUAUUAAAUUUUAUAUUUAUCAACGUUUAAAUGGCAAAGCGAAAAGUCUUCAAGUCAUAUUCAAUGAUUCUAGUGUAGCGGGGGAAGGUGAACACAAGGUCUUUCAAUUUUUAAACGCGCAACGCAAAGAACCAGGAUAUAAUUCAAAAUUUCGACAUAUAGUUUGCGGAGGAGACGCCGAUUUCAUCAUGUACGCUUUGUUAACACAUGAACCCAACUUACGUAUUUUACGACCGGGAACUAAUGGCGAUGAUGUCGUGUUAAACAUAAAUAGACUUCGCAAACAUAUUUUACAUGAUAUGGUAGCACCUCAAUUAACUGCAGAGAUUAAUGAGGAAAAUAUAAUCGAAGAUUUUGUAUGUAUUGUAAAUUUACUUGGUAAUGAUUUUUUGCCAAGGUUAACGCAUUUAGGUGAAACACGAGUGGAUCUCUUAUUUCGUGCGUACCGAAAUUAUUUUAAUAAAUAUCGAACUUAUAUCACCAAUAAAGGUGGAUUUAUCAACAUGGAACAAUUUCUCAGUUUUAUCAAGUUUAUAGGAGAAAGGAAAUUUUAUACUAGUAGUAGUACGUCGAAUUUGAAGCCUGCUCCCGUAAGCGAAGUUGCAACCAGAGCAAAUGAUUACAUGAAAACAAUUUGUUGGGCUUUACAAUAUUACUCUGGUGAUUGUCCAAGUUGGAAGUUUUAUUACCCUCAUCAUAAGCCACCAUCUAUUGAAGAAAUAUUGAAACAUGUGCAUGCGGAAGGUUUUGAUCAAACCUUCAAUGCGGAUACUCCGAUGCGACCAUUUGAACAAUUGAUGUGUAUCAUUCCUCCAGUAUGCCAUUAUCUUUUACCCGAACCUUUCCAUGAUCUACUUACAGAUCCAAAGUCACCAAUAAUAGAAUAUUAUCCAACAAAAUUUAGUAGUUCAAAUUGUAAAGCCAUCUUGCCAUUUAUUGAUGAAAAGGUUUUAUCGCAAGCAAUGGAACCACGAUCUUCUUUACUUAGCCCGGAAGAUGCGCGUAGAAAUGACGUUAAUGGGUAUGUAAACAUUUAUUCGGGGAAAAAUUCGACUACUUACCCAACCAUAUAUUCACUCUGCAUGGCAAGAGGUGGAAAUUCCGUCUUUCCUGCAAAUUCGGUUGUUUUCGGACAAUUAUUUUAUGGUGGACCGAUGCGAAUAUCAAUUGUCUCACCAAUUAAUGAAUGGCGUAAUAUUUAUCGUAAUUCGGUUGUUAAUGCUGAAUAUAGAUUGCCAAAUUUUCUUGGUGAUUCAUCGGGAUAUUCAAAUUCGGAGGAACGACCAAAUGCGAAUGUAGGAUUCUUCACAAAUCAGCAUAGGAGUUUGUUUCAGGGGAAUGCCUCCAUUAAUUCAACAUCUCAAUUUCGUAAUGAUGGAACGGUACUUCUAGGGAAUGCAUCAAAUUUGCGCAAUUUUACAACAACCAGUUUAAGGUCACAUACGUCAAUACCUUCAGAAUGUCAAAAUGUAAUUUUUCAAUCACAAGUUCAAAAUAGGACGCGCCCAGUAGAUGGAAGAUAUUUUGUCGAUCAAAAUGUAACAUUAAACUAG